AUGGUGAGGCAAAUCUUGAGGCUCACGCGCAGCGGCAGCUACAGCCCAACGAAAACCACCACCCCACGCGACCCGGGGAGAGCGUUGCCGGCGACAGCAGAGACGACGACGCCAGAGUGCCGUGCGCGAGGCAUCGCAAAGGCAGCCACGAGCCUGGGCAUCAUCUCGGCGAAGGAGGCGGACAUCGUCAUCAGAAAGCAUACCCAGCUCGCCCGGGUACACAAAUUGAUUCCGUCGUUGGCCGGACCGACGAGCUGCACGGUCAGCACGUUUGCGCAGCCACGAUCGGGCGAAGUACUACUACUUCUGCAGAACGGCCCCGGGAACUGCAACAACACCAUCAACUGCAGCGAGAACGGAGAAAGCAGUUCCGAAGUCGGCGAUGGCCAACAAGGCCGGCAGAAACCAGGACGCGAACACUUUGACGGGAUGGCAGCAGCAGCAGCAGCAGCGAUGGCGGCGCCACGUAGUGACUCUUUCCUCCCCUCCACGGCGGCCGAGACCGGCAAAACAACAACAAAUGACGAGGACGGGCGUCAUCUUUUGCGGUUAUUUCCGCGGGGGAGGCAUCCUCCGGCUUCGUUGCCGAAGGGAAGAAGGCCAGGAGGAGGAGUAGCAGCGGAGAAGAACACAACGAGCGCGCUGGGUGGUGGGGCAGGGUCUAGACGUUCGCGCAGCGGGGCCGCCUUCUUGGCGGCCGAGUACGCCAUUGGACGGGUUUCGCACGGCACCAGGCGAUCGGUGGGGCACCCGGUGAUGUGA